AUGCACAAGACGCAGAGCAGAGGCGAGGAGACCGAGGGUUUAAGCGAGUGGAAGAAGCGCGCGCCGUACCGCAUCCACGAGCCCAACGAGGAGUUCAACCCCAGGUACCACGCCAGCUGUCACUGCGGACGCGUCGAGUACCAGCUCAGUCGCAAGGAGCCUCUCGACUCGAAGCUGUGCCACUGCACAACGUGUCAAACCCAGCAUGCUGCUCCAUUCCAAUGGGCUGCCAUUUUCCACAAGGAGGACAUCAACUUCACCCAUGGCCACCACGAACUUGAGUGGUACGAUCCGACCGACAAGUCGAUUGAGCACAAGCUGCCUUGCAAGGUCCGCUGCUCAUACUGCCACUCACCGAUCAUGGACGAAGGUCGCAACAUGAUCCUCCUCUUCCCCAGCUUGAUUCACCUUAAGACGGACGAAGACAAGGCGAAUUUCAAGCCCAGGUGUCACAUGUUCUACGGUCAGCGCGUCAUGGACAUUCCUGAUGGUCUGCCCAAGUGGGACGGUCUCAGCAACGAGAGCAACCUCAUUGAGGACAGCCCCCCGGACCAGGUUAGAGACCUAGAGCGCAAGCGUGAGGCCGAGCGCAACGAGCGCUUUGAGAAGGGUGAGAACAAAUAA